UGGCGCCACCCAUAAAAUUGCAUGCUGUGUCAAAACGAACAGCAAAUUUCUUGAUUUUGUUCAAUAUUUUGGUGGCAUUAAUUCAUUGUUGUAGUAUAUUAUUAACUUUGAACACAUAUUUGUUGCUAGAUGUGAUUAACAGGCCAUUGCAUGCCACAAUAUGGAAUACAUUGAUAGUUGUUUGCUGUGUUUUCGCCAAUUAUUUUAUAGUCGCUGCCAGCAUGGACAACAAAGUCGGUGUAAAGAUAACCAUGGUUGUGAAGGGCUUACUGCUGUUAAUAGGAUCUACUCUGUUCUUCCAUGCAUUAGCCAUUCUGUAUGGGGCUCCUCUUACAGAAUCAGUUGCAGAAACAUUUCAUUUCUCUCUCAUGUUGUCAGCAACAUCCAUUCUACCACCUUGUGUGUUCCUUGGUCUAAAUUUAAAUUCUUGGGUCAGAGUGUAUGCACAUAAUAGUGCGGAGCUGGGUCCUGAAUUGGUAGUAUAUUCGACCACCAUCUGUAGUAUCAUUGGAGCGUGGCUUGGAGCAUUUCCAAUACCACUGGAUUGGGAUCGGCCUUGGCAGAUUUGGCCAGUGUCAUGCUUGCUCGGGACAUUGUUUGCCUAUGACUUUGGGAUGAUUUUAUCAGCUAUUCUUCUGUACUAUAGAUACCACGUGACACUUAAAUCAAAGACAUUCUGAAGCCAAAGACUAACCAUAAUGGUAUUCAUAUAUAAUGUGUAUCUCCUGGUGUUGUACCAUCUAGAGUUCAGGGCCUUGGCAGUUCAUGGUGGCAGGCUGUAGGUAGUACUAAACCAAAUAGCAUCCAUGUGGGUCAGAGUUUGAAGUGCAUCUACCUUUUGAUAAAGCAGUUAAUACCACAAGUCCUGACAUUGGUGAUAAAUGUGACAGUGUUUGUUGUAAAACAAUUAGUUUCAUCUGAGCAAAAACUGUAUGCAAUUUUUAUUAUUCUAGUACCACUGUGUCAAGUAACCUUGUGCUUGUAAAAAAAGUAAUCAAAUUUUGUACGAAACCUGGGAUUUUCUUGUUAAUACUUUGAGAAAAGGGUUGUAGUAUAUGUACUUACGUUUGUGGGUCAUUGUUUGGUUGAUAUACUGCAUUAAAUAUAAAUAAAAAAACUUUAAUAUGGUCACCUAUGGGAUUUUAUUCUAUUAAGAGUGCAGGGCCUUGGUAGUUCUUGGUAGCAGGCUGUAAUCAAAUCAUUGUAUACUCAACAACGAAAGUUUAGCUAAUGUUAAAAAAAUGGCAUAACAUUUAUAAAUUAACCUAUUUUUAUUAGUAUUCACAUCUGAAAUGUUUACCAUUUACAAUCAACAUAAACUCAUCAACCUUUGCCUUAACACAACAGGAGGACCUGGUUUUUUUCCAAGUUUAUUCAACCAUGACAAAUGUAGACGUCAUAAAAAAUAUUUGCUAAACUUUCAUUGAGUAUUUUAUCUUUAACUACGCAAUGUGCAACAUAAAAUUGUGAUCUAAAGAUGAAUCUAGUGAAAUUUUAUACUUUUUUCUGUUUAUUUUUUUAUAAUUUUUAUAUAAACUGCAUGUACAAUAAAUAAAAUGUUAUAUCACUGAAUCGGCAGUUUUAAUUUUUAAUACUGACAAUCUCAUUAUCAUAGUCCAUACAGAUUUAAAAUUCAAUUUAAGAACAUUUCUGCAGAUUUGUUUUGAAGCAGCUGUCAUUGGUCAUAUACACAUUGGUGAGUUGGUAUAUCAUGUACUAGUUUGAGUGGGAGGUGGGGGUGGUUCAAGAUGUGGAAAUAACGGUGUAUGUCCCAAAUUACUGUCUGAAAGUCCAUGUAAAUGAAAAACGGAACCCUCUGGAAAAUAUGAAAUGUUGACGGGCUUAGUUAUUAGUAGCCCAAAGAGUUUGUUGUGAAAUUUUAAUCUGUAAAUACUCUUUGAUAUAAAUGCUUAGAUUGGUCCAAAUAAUGCCAGGCGAAAAACACAAUGUUCAUAACUGCAUGGAUCUCAAUUUGGCACAACGAUCGGCAAUGCUUGGAAAAGAAAGUGGAUCGUUUUCAGACGAUUUCUUUAUGAAUAUAAUGACUGUUUAUUUUAGUUGUCAGUGUUGAAUAGUUUGUAUUAAAGGCAUACUGUCACA